ACCUCUCUCCUCUCUCUCUCUCUCUCUCUCUCUCUCUCUCUCUCUCUCUCUCAAGUUGGAGACUCAUAAUUAUGGAAUGUAGCUUUACUCAACUUUCUCUUCUCUAGACGCGUCUCUCGUCAAUUUCAGUCACUUACCCAGUAAUUAAUUAUUGCUCUACUAGCUGCUGGUAUUAGCGUUUCCUCUUCACUGUCUGGAUUCUUCUCUUCUCUCCUUUUCUGGGGAGGUUUUACAUGGAGCCAGAUAACAGCGAAGUGAAGUCCAAGAUGGAAGAUUAUGAAGUCAUAGAGCAGAUUGGGAGAGGAGCUUUUGGUUCUGCUUUUCUUGUUCUUCAUAAAACUGAGAAUAAAAAGUAUGUGUUGAAGAAGAUUCGCCUGGCCAAGCAGACUGAGAAGUUCAAGCAAACAGCUCACCAGGAGAUGAACUUGAUUGCAAACCUGAAAAACCCAUAUAUUGUGGAGUAUAAAGAUUCUUGGGUGGAAAAGGGAAGUUGUGUGUGCAUAGUGACAGCCUACUGUGAAGGUGGAGACAUGGCUGAGAUUAUAAAGAAGGCCAGAGGCAUUUUUUUCCCAGAAGAGAAACUCUGCAAAUGGUUGACUCAGUUAUUGCUAGCUGUGGACCACCUACACUCUAACCGUGUGCUUCACAGAGAUCUUAAGUGCUCCAACAUAUUCCUUACAAAGGACAAUGAUGUCCGCCUUGGUGACUUUGGACUUGCAAAGCUGCUUAACACAGAAGACCUUGCUUCUUCGGUUGUUGGCACUCCUAAUUAUAUGUGUCCUGAGCUCCUAGCAGAUAUACCUUAUGGCUACAAAUCUGACAUAUGGUCACUUGGCUGCUGUAUGUUUGAAAUGGCUGCACACCAACCAGCAUUUAGGGCUCCUGACAUGGCUUCACUAAUCAACAAAAUAAAUAGAUCCUCCAUUUCUCCUCUCCCAAUUGUGUAUUCCUCCUCACUGAAACAAAUUAUUAAGAGCAUGCUGAGGAAGAAUCCGGAACACAGGCCAACAGCUGCAGAGCUGUUAAGACAUCCUCAUUUGCGAUCAUAUUUACUUCAUUGCCGCAAUGCGUCUUCUGUGUUUCUUCCUAUAAAGCCCAUAAACAAUUCAAAGGAGAAAACAAGGAGAAAAUCAUUGUCUGGCAAACCUAGUGGUGGCAGUGGCAAAGCCAACAGGGAUAGGGAAGUUGGGCCACUAAACCAGCCACAAAAUGAUCAUCCAUUUGAGAGAAAUGGUGUUGCACAACAAACCAAUCAACCUCAUGUUGACAUCCCAACAUCAACAUCAAGUGCAGAAGACAACCUUGAGACCAAGAGGGUUGAUCCUACGAGUUAUACUGUGGAAAUAUCAGAUUCUAUGACUGGUCCAAAAGACAGUUCCACUGAUUCUGAAACUAGUGUUUGCAAUGGAGACAAGCAAGCUGAUUCUAGCAGUCUAGUUCGAAAAGAUGGCACUGACAUUGAGUUUACAUUCAAGUGCACACUGAAUUCUCAACUUGAAGAUGAAACCACAUCUGAGUGUUUUGAACAAUUGCAAGAGGUUAAUGUCAAUUCUAUUACAGCAAAGGAUCAACCAAACUUUUGCGACCAGAAAGUUGUUGAAGAAGCUGAAACAGAGGGAGAUGGUGCAACAGCAGGGGAGAGCAGGAAAUUGGCAAUGCCUAGUCUAAGUUGCACAGAAAAGGAUACUUCCCUUGAUGAUAAAAGCUCACCAUCACCUAUAAAUAAACCUUAUGAAGAAUCAGAAUGCUGUUUACAGAAACCAGAAAGCCCUGAUGUGUACACAGAAGGAACUCAUAUGGAAUACCUAUCAUCUGAAAGUAAUGAUAUCCUUCCAUGUAAAGAUGAAAUUGGAGCAAAACCAGAUAAGGAUAAUUGCUCCAUGCCAACGGAGAAAGAUGAUGCUUGUGGGAUGAAGGUGCCAACACCAAGUGAAAUUCAAUUGCUUAAUACACUUGCUGCAAUGCAUGGUGAUGAAACCAAAAGCGAGUGGGAGAAUCCUGGUCAGCAAAGAGCAGAUGCUCUAGAGUCUUUGCUUGAGCUAUGUGCUCGGCUACUUAAACAGGACAAAAUCGACGAACUUGCUGGUGUGUUAAAGCCAUUUGGGGAAGAAGUGGUCUCAUCUAGAGAAACAGCAAUUUGGUUAACAAAAAGUCUCAUGUCGCAACAUAAAUUUAAUGAGGGGACGUAAACUUGAGGUGAUUGCGGCUAAUUUAUUAUUACAUUGAGAAUAUGCAUUUAUAAAUUGUGUUGACAUAAAAAUGUGUUUCUUGGAGAGUGUUGUUUGAUUGAUGGGCAUAACUUAUAAACAUAUUUUACUGAUUGUUUUAA